UCACACAAAGAAUCCAUUUCCAUCGGCUAAUUUAAGCGAGUAACCAAGAUAUUUUCAAUCAAAUAUCCCCAAUAAUGUAUCAGACUUCAUCCAUAGAUGGGUCUUUUGAAGUUGCCACCGUUAUAUUUUCAAUUAUAAACAAAGAAGUGGUUGAUCGACAUUCAUUCAAAUCUGGCAAUCCCUCAAUAGCAAAUGACGUGUGGCUCUAUUGCAUGACUGUUUUCCCAUUGGGGGCGAAAUUAUGAUAACCACAUUGUCAUGCUAAUAAGUCUAGCUUAAUUGUAUAUGAGCAUUUGUUAACUUCGCUUACAGCGGUAAUUUGACGAAUUCUACUCAAGGAUUGAUGAUGCAAUAAUGGGAAGCAAUGGUUUAAUAAUCUUGUCAAUGCUUCUCCAAACCUCUGUUCUCAUAGCUAGUUUUGAAAACAAGACUGUGCGGGAGGGAGAUGACGUCACUAUCAAGUGCAAAACACUUCAAUCAAGCUUCAGCUCUUCCUACACCUGGACAAAAGAUGGUGUACCAAGAAGUACAAAAGAGCGGGAAUUGAACAUAACCGCUGUGAAGAGGACUGAUGCUGGCGUUUACAAAUGUUUUGAAGGGAACUUGGAGCGUGGAGCUACACAGCUUACUGUGGAAUCAAUCACGACAUACUCGGGAUUGUUGAGACUCAUGCUGGUGCAGACUCGAGGGAUCUAGAAGUCGAGGGUUUAAAGUCUUUUCUAAACACAGGGAAAAAACGGGAUGUAGAUAUGCGGGGGACAUUUCAAUUUACAUCAGUAAAGCAAUUGCAGACGGCGUUAAAUACAUACCAUCCAAAAAUAACAAUAUAAUUUGGUGCAAAAUUAUCAAGGAAUAUUUUUCCCUCGACGAGGAACGGCGUACCUGAGCCCCGUAAAUAACAAAGGCAACAAACAAGAAAUACUAGACGGUUUAGAGCGAGAAGUACUCGAUUUUUCAGUCAAAGGGAAGAUCAUCCUACAAGGUGAUCUAAACGCGAGAACGGGUGGAUCGCAGGACUUUGUUGCGGAUGACAACGAUCAGUUUCUAGAUCUACCCGAACAUUAUUUGUCCGACGUCCAACAUUCGAGAUUUUCGUUCGACAACAAAUCUGAUAGUCGAGGAAAGCAUUGAUCGGUAUUUGCAGUUCGCUAAGGUUUAGGAUUAUCAAAGGUAGAAUAAUCGGGGAUUGCCCUGGACAGAAAACGUGUCACAAAUACAAUGGCUAGCACGGUAGAUUACGUCAUAAGCGACGAGUCCUUAUUAACGAGCUUCCGUCACUGCAAAGUGAAUGACCUAAUACGAUAUCUAUCUGACCACUGCUCUAUAUCAUAUAUUAUCCGUAUAAAAACGAAACUAAUACGUUCUGAUAGGACGCAGCCCGCCGCAUGCUCGAAACAACCGUUUAGACGGCUUUUAUGGAAGGAAGCUGCUAGCGAGAAAGCUAAUUCACUUUUGGAGACAGAUAGAUAUAGAAAAAGAUUCAGUGGCAUUAAUAGCAGUUGCGAAUAUAACGAUGUGGAUAACAUGAUCAACGAUGUUACUAAUUUAUUACUAGAGCUGAGUUUGGAAUCUGGUCUUAAAUACGGAAAACCCCCAAAAGAGGCUAUAGAAACUAAUCAAGAGUGGUUUGAUAACGAAUGCAAGCAACAGAAAACUUUUUUGAAUUCCCUUGCUAAAAGACUUCGGCUUGACCUCGGAAACUCUGAUCUGAGAAACACGAUUCAUAGCCGGAAAAAGAAAUUCAAAUUAUUAUGUAGAAAAAAGACAUGUGAACAUAGAGCGAACAUAAUAGAUAAUUUGGAUUUCGCUAAUCCAAAGGCAACAUGGCGGACAAUCAAACACACCUUUAACCGCACUCCACAUAAAAUAACCAACAAACCAUCCUUAGAUGCAUUUUAUAGAUUCUUUAAAGCCCAGCGCUGUAUCCAGCAUUCCUCAAUCAUACAAGACAAGGCCCUAAGCCAUACACAACAACAGACUGGGCCACUCCACUACGAAAUUGAGACACUUGAGGUGAAAUGUGCGCUUGACAAACUGAAAAACGGUAAAGCUCCAGGGUGCUUCAACAUAUUAAAUGAGAUUAUUAUUACAGCAAAAAUAAUUUAAUAGCUCCCCUCACAAAAAUCUUCAAUGAAAUCCUCAAGGGAGGAUAUUGGCCAAACGCCUGGGGCCUGGGACUUAUUAUACCCCUUCACAAAAAUGGGACCUCCAAUGAGGUAAAUAAUUACCGAGGUAUAACUCUGCUUCUAAGCUUAUGCAAAAUUUUUGCUUCUAUCUUAAGGUUGUAAUUUUAUCUUGAGAUGAACAAUGUAAUGCCAAAAGAACAAGGUGGUUUUCGCAAAAAGAAUGGUACCACCGACAAUAUUUUUGUCCUGAAAACACUGAUAGAUAAAUAUGUAAAAAGCAAGCCUAAAAAAAGGAAAAAUCUCUUAUUCAGCUGUUUUAUAGACUUCUCGAAAGCCUUUGAUACAAUCCCUCGUGAGAGAUUGUUUAAAAAGGUGCAAAAAUCAGGAGUUACCGGAAAGUUUUUAUCACUUUUAAAAACUGUGCACGAUAGCGAUAAUGCAGCGGUCAAGGUAAAUGGUCAAGUUUCGGAGGCGUUUCCUUGCUGCAUAGGGGUAAAACAGGGAUGUGUUCUGUCAACCACACUCUUUAAUUUGUAUCUUCACGACCUAUCGGACAGUUUAAGAGAACUACAGCCGCAGCGCGCGAAUGUUUAGUUAUCAACAGUAUUCCGGUUAACCACCUUCUAUAUGCAGAUGACCUUGUUCUUUUAGCGAAAGACGAAAGCCUCUUACAGACCAACCUGAAUUGUAUGAAGGAUUUUGUUCAAGCCAACGGUAUGAAACUCAAUUUAGACAAAACAAAGGUAGAAAUAUUCAAUAAUAGUGGGAGGUCCUUGAAUAAGUUUGCAUUAAAUACCUAGGCCAGAAUUUAGAAAACGUAACCACAUACAAAUACUUAGGCCUGACAUUCAGUUCCAUCGGAAACUUUAAUGCCGCCAAAAGCGAUUAAAAAAAAAGUAGCUCCUAAAGCACUUUUUAAACUCAAAAGAGAAAUGGGCAACAAUUUCAGAACAAAUGUCCUGCUGACUAACCGCCUUUUUGACUGCCUCAUUAAGCCAAUCCUUCUAUAUGGCAGCGAAAUCUGGGGCGUCGAUGAAAUAAAAAACGAACAUGACCCAAUAGAGCUGGUGCACGCCAAAUUUUGUAAGUUUAUCCUCGGUGUCGGCAAGUAUGCCCCAAAUAUAGGCUGUCGGGCAGAACUAGGAAGAUAUCCUCUGUCCAUAGACGCGAAAUUAAGGGUAUUGAGUUUUCAUAACAAACGAUCCGAAGCCCACAGGAAUUUCUUAUCACAUGAUGCAUAUUUGGACUGCACCCCCGGAACCUACACUUACAACUGGUAUGUUAAAGGCAAAGCCAUGGUGUCUUCGGUGGGACUGGGUUUUCUCUGGGGAAACUUUCAAGUAAUUGAGAAAAAAGCGCAGCAAUAUUUGUUUAAGCAAAGGCUUCAAGACAUUGAAUUCCAAAAUUUUGAAGCUGGGAUUUUUAAUGAUUCAAAAAAGCCCGGACAAAAGAACAAACUUAGAACUUACUGUAAGUUUAAGACAAAAUAUGACAAGGAAAUGUACCUAGUUAAUGUUCAAAACAUCAAGCAUAGAGAAGAGUUGACACGCCUAAGAAUAAUAAGUUGUCUUAAGUUAGAAAUAGAGGCUGGACGGUACUCCAGACCGUACCGCAGCCCGGAGGAAAGACUCUGCCGGCAAUGCGACCUCAACGAAACAGACGAUGAGUGGCACUUCCUACUGAGGUGUCCCAUCUAUGAUAACCUUAGAAAAGAAAUGCUUGAUGUUCUGGAAAAAGACAAAAUUAGAUUCCACAACAAGGAACAGCUUUUUCAUCUACUCUUAAACCCGCCAAAAAGGUACAAAAGGCUGUUGCAAAGCACAUUUUUCUGUGAAUGUGUAUAAGGAAAGGAAAAAAGGAAAUAUAAUAAGGAAAGGAAGUAUAGAAAUUUAUUGGUUGAAACAACCUAUGUAACGUUAUGUAAAGUUAUAUGGUACCAAUAAACAUCAUCAUCAUC